UGAAGAGAAACCAGUAUAGGAGAAAUAUGAUCUCUCUUGCUAACUCCCAUCAGUACUCUGGCUGCAGCAUUUUGGAUCAGCUGUAGAUGUUUCAGAGAGCUAUUGGGACAACCUGAUAAUAAGGAAUUACAGUAGUCAAGCCUAGAAGUAACAAAUGCAUGGACUAGUUUUUCUGCAUCCAUGAUUUGACUCUGAUGGACUCAUUGACACAUUUCUCUGUUCCAGCUGCUGGAGGACAACAUGGUGACUUUUGUGAAGAAGGAGCUGAAGAAGAUGCAGAAGGUUGUGAGUCCAGAUUACCCAGAAUGCUUAGAGAGUCAGAGGGAGGAUGAGGAGGAGUUGGAGGGUGAUGAUGAAGAGCAGAGGAGCAGCAGAGAGAUGUUUCAGCAGAUUACAGUGUUGUUCCUGAGGAGGAUGAAGCAGGAGAAGCUGGCUGACUGUCUGCAGAGCAAAUUUCCUGCUGGAGUUUGUGGACGUGAACUAAAAUAUGGUCUGAAGAAGAAGUUCCAGAGAGUGUUUGAGGGCAUCGCUAAAGCAGGACAGCCGACCCUCCUGAAUGAGAUCUACACAGAGCUGUACAUCACAGAGGGAGGGACUGCAGAGGUCAAUGAUGAACAUGAGGUCAGACUGAUUGAAGCAGCAUCCAGGAAAGCAGACAGAGCAGAAAGAAGCAUCAGAGCAGAAGACAUCUUUAAAGGCUCACCUGGAAGAGAUAGACCAAUCAGAACAGUGAUGACAAAGGGAGUGGCUGGCAUCGGGAAAACAGUGUUAACACAGAAGUUGACUCUGGACUGGGCUGAAGACAAAAGCAACCAGGACAUCCACUUCAUGUUUCCAUUGACUUUCAGAGAGCUGAAUGUGCUGAAAGAGAGAAAGUUCAGCUUGAUGGAACUUGUUCAUCACUUCUUCAGUGAAACCAAAGCAGCAGGAAUCUGCAGCUUUGAAGACUUCCAGGUUGUGUUGAUCUUUGACGGUCUGGAUGAGUGUCGCCUUCCUCUGGACUUCCACAACAAUGAGGUCCUGACUGAUGUUAGAGAGUCCACCUCAGUGGAUGUGCUGCUGACAAACCUGAUCAGGGGGAAGCUGCUUCCUUCUGCUCGCCUCUGGAUAACCACACGACCUGCAGCAGCCAAUCAGAUCCCUCCUGACUGUGUGGACAUGGUGACGGAGGUCAGAGGGUUCACCGACCCACAGAAAGAGGAGUACUUCAGGAAGAGAUCCAGAGAUGAGGAGCAGGCCAGCAGCAUCAUCUCCCACAUGAAGAAGUCACGAAGCCUCCACAUCAUGUGCCACAUCCCAGUGUUCUGCUGGAUCACUGCUACAGUUCUGGAGGAGCUGCUGAGAACCAGAGAUGGAGGAGAUCUGCCCAGAACCCUGACUGAGAUGUUCAUCCACCACCUGGUGGUUCAGGCCAAAGUCAAGAAGGUCAAGUAUGAUGGAGGAGCUGAGACAGAUCCACACUGGAGUCCAGACAGCAGGAGGAUGAUUGAGUCUCUGGGAAAACUGGCUUUUAAUCAGCUGCAGAGAGGAAACCUGAUCUUCUAUGAGUCCGACCUGACAGAGUGUGGCAUCGAUCUGGAAGCAGCCUCAGUGUUCUCAGGAGUGUUGACACAGAUCUUUAAAGAGGAGAGUGGACUGUACCAGGACAAGGUGUUCUGCUUCAUCCAUCUGAGUGUUCAGGAGUUUCUGGCUGCUCUUCAUGUCCAUCAGACCUUCAUCAACUCUGGAAUCAACCUGCUGGAAGAACAACAACAAACAACCUCCAACAAACCUGAUCCAACAGUUUUCUACCAGAGAGCUGUGGACGAGGCCUUACAGAGUCCAAACGGACACCUGGACUUGUUCCUGCGCUUCCUCCUGGGUCUGUCACUGCCGACCAAUCAGAAUCUCCUACGAGGCCUGCUGACACAGACAGGAAGUAGCUCACAGACCAAUCAGGAAACAGUGAAGUAUAUCAAGGAGAAGAUCAGUGAGAAUGUGUCUGCAGAGAGAAGCAUCAGUCUGUUCCACUGUCUGAAUGAACUGAAGGAUGUUUCUCUAGUGGAGGCGAUCCAACAGUCCCUGAGAUCAGGACGUCUGUCCACAGAUGAACUGUCUCCUGCUCAGUGGUCAGCUCUGGGCUUCAUCUUACUGUCAUCAGGAGAAGAUCUGGACAUGUUUGACCUGAAGAAAUACUCUGCUUCAGAGGAGGUUCUUCUGAGGCUGCUGCCAGUGGUCAAAGCCUCCAAGAAAGUUGUACUGAGUGGCUGUAAUCUGUCAGAGAGAAGCUGUGGAGCUCUGUCCUCAGUCCUCAGCUCCCAGUCCUCCAGUGUGACAGAGCUGGACCUGACUAACAACAACCUGCAGAAUUCAGGAGUGGAGAGUCUUUCUGCUGGACUGGAGAGUCCACACUGUAAACUGGAAGCUCUCAGGCUGUCAGGCUGUCUGGUCACAGAGGAAGGUUGUGCUUCUCUGGCCUCAGCUCUGAGCUUCAAGCCCUCAAAUCUGAGAGAGCUGGACCUGAGCUACAACCAUCCAGGAGACUCAGGAGAGAAGAUGCUGAGAGCUAAAGUGGAGGAUCCAGACUGUAGACUGGAAACUCUCAGGUACAGACAGACAGACACUCUCAGGAAACUAUCAUCCUAGUGUUGCAGGCCAAGCCUGCUCCUUUCCAUCGGUAGGUUUCAGGGUGUGUGAGACGUCAGAGGAAGUGCUGCAGCGGUAGGAAGGAAGAAGAACAGUGAAGCUGAAGAAGGGUGAUGUUUAGGUGCAGCUGCAGUCACAGCGCAUGUUAUGGUCCAAACAGAGAAGUAGAUCCAAGUGUGUUCUGGAGAAGCUGAGUGUGUGUACAGUGUGCUGCAGAGCUUGAAUAAAGUUCCUCGUUCUCCACCGCAGAGUUGGGUCCGGACUCUGAAAACAAUUUGUUACCAACAGCGAGCCACGCUAAGCUAAGUGAGCUAGCGUUUACCCGAGGCUGUUAAACUACGGUUCAGAAGACAACAAAACCAGGUCGGUAACACUAGCUUAGCAGAAAGACUGGAAACAGGGUAAACUGUUAGCAUCGCUUAGCACAAAGACAGAAAGCAGGGUAAACUGUUAGCCUAGCUUAGCACAAAGACAGGAAGUAGGGUAAACUGUUAGCCUAGCUUAGCUCAAAGACAGGAAGCAGGGUAAACUGUUAGCAUAGUUUAGCUCAAAGACAGGAAGCAGGGUAAACUGUUAGCCUAGCUUAGCUCAAAGACAGGAAGCAGGGUAAACUGUUAGCCUAGCUUAGCUCAAAGACAGGAAGCAGGGUAAACUGUUCGCCUAGCUCCAUGAACAGAGGAAGCAUAAAUGAGUAAAGCUGAAUAAUGAGUGUAAACUGAGCUGGAACGUGACGAGCACAGGACAGGACUUUAGAGAUGCUGCAUUCAGGUGUCUGUGUCUCCAUGUUGGACUGGUCCUUUAUCAGUGGAACAGUGUGAGAGCCAUGUAACGUCCAUGUGUGCUGCUGAAAGAGUCGCUGCUGCUCUGACCGUCCUCCUCCUUUCAGGGUGACGCCUGCUGGAGUCCGAUGGUUGACACCAGGUCUGAGGAAGUAUUCCUGUCAACUCACAGUCGACACAAACACAGUACACAGAAAACUAAAACUGUCUGACAACAACAGGAAGAUGACACGUGUGGAGGAGGAUCAGUCGUAUCCUGAUCAUCCAGACAGGUUUGAUCGGUGGGC